AUGGCAAGUUUAACUUCGAUCGCACCUGGAUAUGGGUUUGGAAGCCCUCAUUCCCAGCAAGGAGCUAUGAUUCGUGGAGGUCAAUCAGUGAUUGAGGAGCCAGUGGUGGAGCAUGAACACCACCAUGUGCACCAUCAUAUCGACCAUGGCAAUGUGAAUGUUGCCGCCCAGGUAGCGGUGCGCCCCCGAGCUGUCCAACGUGAAUACUCCUACGACGACCUAUACGACCGUGACCGUCGUUAUGGGUCUGGUGCCUCUCUUGGUUCUCUUGGUCGUGUUGGUAUCAACUCACGUUUUGCCCGCAGUGACAUUGACCUCAACCUCGACUCAUCCUUCCGAACAGGCCGCAGAGGAAGUGUCUACGAUGAACGUGAAUCUGAAUACGCCAUUAUCGAUGUCCCGGCCGGGACCAGAAGAGUAACCGUAGACAUGGCGAGGGAAAGGGAACAGGAAGCCCCCAGCUGGAGACGCGAUAAUGGAGUGAGACGUUCAAGAGGACUCGGAAACGAGCUGUGGACUGAGAUCACGAAAGAUUUGGUGACGAGGGAGGCAAUCGAGGAUUGCGGGUACCAGUAUGAGGAGACAGAGUUCUUCUACUACAUCUUCGAGUACUUGCACCGUGAUCAGAUCGCGGAACUGACAGAUCUCACUACCGAUAUCAGACGACAGAGGGUUAGGGAUAUCGAAUAUGAAUCGAUCGCCGGCCGGGAACGCGACAGGGAACGGGAGAGGAGGACUCUCGACUGGGAUCGUGAGGACUCCCGCACUGAAAUUAUUAUCGAGAGUGGUAGGAGCAAUGCCAAUGCGGGUGGGCGCCGCCGCCGGUACUACUAUUAA